UAUUUGUAUACUUAUUAUUAUCGUAUGGAUUAAAAGGCGGAUUGUGAGGACUCGACUUUAAAUUUUCACGCGUCGCAAUAUCCAGUGCAAUUCCACCAACAAGUGCUAAGCGACGUGUGUGAUUUCUACAUGCGAUGGUUACGUUGAUGAAUACUAUGUAUUUACUGAUAUUAUGUAUCAUCGUCGGGGUGACCAAAGCCCACCAAUCAGAAACAGUGGUCCAUAAUAAAAAUGUGAACAUUAUCAUGAAUGUGAACGCGAGAGAUGUUGCUAAGGAAUUAUGGAAACUAAUGAAGACUCGCUUAAACAAUGGCACCAGCAAUUUUAUCAGCGAAGAGAACAUUAUCGAAGAUCUGGAAAAUGCUGUGAAACCCUUUGUAUCACCUACUAGAAGAGGCAUGUCCCAGUUGCACGCUUACCAAGUGGCCACUGAUCUCGAUCAGAUUAUUCGGACAGCAUAUAUUAGAAAUUUUCCAAAUAUGAACAUGUUGGAUAUAGAGAUCGCGACAAGAAAUAUUGCCGCGAAUAUGAUGGCCAUGUUAAAAGUACUUCUCUCGAAAAACUUAGUUCGAUCGCAAAGUGACGAGAUGGGCUUAUCCGGCAGAAGAAUGAUUUACGCUUCACCAAACGACGACAAGCAAAAUGAUUAUGUGGAUAUUAAAAUCAAGAUACGCAGAGAAGACAUUCUUAAUGCUGUUCAGUAGAGCAAAUGUUAUCGUCUAUUUUUACACAGAUAAAACUAUAACUUUUGGCCUGACUAACAGUAAAAAAGUUAUAUACUAAGUUUAUAAAAGUGACAUCUCACACACAUGCAUAUACCCUGCUUACGUGCGAAGCGUCAAAGGAAUAUGUUUAAUGUCUAAUGUUUAACGAUUACAAUAAAACAAAAGAAAUGUUAUUCAAA